AUGUCGGGAGGACGUGUUGUCCUCUGGUUCAGGAACGAUCUUCGUCUUACAGACAACGUGCUCAUUGCAGAGGCAAGCAAGCGUUUCCUUGCUUCCAACAGCGCUCUCAGUGUCCUCCCUGUGUACUGCUUCGAUCCACGGUUCUUCGCUCAGAGUCAGUAUGGUCCUCGCAAAACUGGCGUACUUCGUGCCAAGUUUCUGCUGGAGUCCGUUGCAGACCUCAAGAAGAGGCUGCAAGGAGUUGGUUCGGAUCUGCUGGUGCUCUCUGGCAAGCCAGAAGUGAUCAUUCCUCGCCUUAUGCAGAGCGGAGAAGACACCACAGUGCUGGCCCAAGAGGAAGUGACGGACGAAGAGCUUCGCGUUGAUCGUGCUGUGAAGCGAGCCAUCGCUCCUUUGGGAGGCAAACUUCACCUGCUCUGGGGUCACACUCUGUUUCAUCGGGACGACCUUCCUUACAGGCAGGGGCUGACGGACAUGCCUGAUGUCUUCACUCCCUUCAAGGAGGCGUGUGAGAGGAAGUCCAAGGUCCGCAAGUGCUUCCCAUACCCGGUCAAGGGCAACCUUGGCGUCGUCCCCGAAGACGCGAAGAAGCUCGACGAAGGGCUUCCGUCUCUCGAGUCGCUGGGCUUUUCAGCUCAGGAAGUCGAAGGAGCGGCAAAGCCGGACCCUCGCUCUGUCCUUCAGUUCGUGGGAGGCGAGUCAGCUGGACUGGACAGGAUUCAGCAUUACAUCUGGAAGCAGGACUGUCUGAAGGACUACUUCGAGACCAGAAACGGCAUGAUCGGAGCUGACUACAGCUCCAAGUUUUCGGCUUGGCUGGCGCAUGGAUGCAUUUCUCCUCGAUUCAUCUAUGAGGAAGUGCAGCGGUACGAGUCCCAGCGGGUGAAGAACAAGUCGACUUACUGGCUCAUCUUCGAGCUCAUCUGGAGAGAUUUCUUCCGCUACAUCUGCAUGAAGCAUGGCAAUGAAGUCUUCAAGAUCGGAGGCAUCGCGCACAGGUCGUGGAAGUGGGAGGGUGAAGGAGAAGCGUUUCAGCGAUGGGUGGACGGAGAGACCGGCCAGCCUCUUGUGGAUGCCAACAUGCGCGAGUUGAAGUACACCGGCUUCAUGUCCAACAGAGGAAGACAGAACGUCGCUAGCUUCCUCACGCAGAACCUCAACGUUGACUGGCGACUCGGGGCAGCGUACUUCGAGGAGACGUUGCUUGAUCACGACGUGACGGCGAACUGGGGGAACUGGAUGUUCGCUGCUGGGCUUUCAGGGGGCAGGAUCAACAAGUUCAACAUCCUGAAGCAAUCCAAGGACUACGAUGAAGAUGGCGAGUAUUGCCGCCUCUGGUGCCCCGAGCUCAGAAACGUUCCGGUGGUCAAAGUUCAUUCGCCAUGGCAAAUGAGCGAGAAGGAGCAGCUUGACUGCAACGGACAAGAUGUCGGCCAACGUGCAGCUUUACCCGAAACCCGUCUCAGAGAAGAAUCCAGGUGA